GGAGUCCCAGUGUUGUGCCUCUCCCGGGAUGAAAAGGUUGUCUCUGCUGCUGGUGGACUGCAGGAAAGCAACGGGGCUGAGUGGAACUGUGAGAGGAGGAGGAGAGGAGAACGGAUCAGAUUUGACACAUAAAAAAAUUGAGAGUGACACAGAAGGAAUGGAUGAGGACUCUGUGAGUGAUCUGAGUUUGGAUUCCAGCGCGGAUGAAAUGUUUUUGGAAGAAGAAGAUCCACUUUUCGAUCAUGGCACUGACCCCGACUGGGAGCCCCCAGUGCCAAUUUGUCCAUCCCCCUCUGAAGCUGGUUCAUCCAGCUCUACCCCUGCUGUCUCUGGCUCCACACCUCCCGGGCCGUCUAGAGGACAGACAAAGAAGAGGAAGAGGGGAAGAAGUGUGCCACCCGCUAACAGAGGGACAGACUGGCGUUGGCACACCGUCCUAGAAGACGAUGUGGAGCCACCCAAACCGACCUUUAGGCCGAAAAGGAAGCCAGGACCUCAGCUAAACAUGACUGCUACGUACAGCCCCCUUCAGCUUUUUCAGCUGUUCUUCACCCAAUCCGUUGUAGAGUCGCUCGUGUCCAACACGAAUAAGAAUGGGAAGAAGAAGCAAGCAGGCAAAACGGCAGCAUGGAAGCCCAUAUCCACGGCAGACUUUUUCUGCUACCUUUCUCUGGUCAUCUACAUGGGGCUUGUGAGGCUGAAAAGCCUGAAGGACUACUGGAAAACGUCAUCUCUCUACCAACUGCCUUUCCCCUCGUCUGUUAUGUCCUGCAAACGGUUUCUGGUUCUCUCCCAGGCGCUUCACAUCAGUGACCCAAAGGUCGAUGAAGAGAAUGAGAAGAAGAGAGGCACAGCGAGGUUUGAUACACUGUGCAAAAUCAAACCUCUCUACCACAGCAUUGUCGAAGCCUGCAAGACGUACUUUCAGCCAGCCCAGAACGUGUCAAUCAAUGAGAGGAUGGUGGCCUCAAAGGACAGCAUUGGCCUCCAACAGUACAUGAGAAACAAACCAACCAAGUGUGGUCUGAAGCUGUUUGUGUUGGCUGAUUCUGCGUGUGCCUACACGUGCAAUUUCUUGGUCUACGAGGAGAAGAACCGUUUUGCUUCCGGUAAGGAACUCAGCUAUGCCUCUGUAAUGGCGUUGUUGGAUUUUCAACUGCUGGGGAAGGGCUACAAACUGUUUGUGGACAACUUCUACACAAGCCCUGCCCUGUUUGCAGACCUGAGGAAGCGGGGAGUGUGGGCUUGUGGCACCAUUCGUACCACCAGGGUGGGCUUCCCGAAGACUAAGGUGGACGACAUGCCCAAGCGGGCUGAGCGGGGGACCAUGCGAUGGAUCCGAGAAGAUGGCCUGCUGUUUGUGAAGUGGAUGGACGCCAGAGAGGUGGUGAUGUGCUCCAAUAUCCACAAGUCCUUCAGUGGGGAUUAUGUUGUCAGACGUGUGAAGGACGCUACCGGGGCAUGGGCCACCAAAAAUGUCCCUGUUCCAGCUGCGGUAAAGGACUUCAACAAGAGCACGGUAGGUGUGGACCUAUCAGGCGCGCUGACAGGCUACUACAAUGUUCUCCAUAAGACGAUGAAAUGGUACAAGACCUUCUUCUAUCAUUUCAUCGAUAUCGCCGUGGUGAAUGCAUUCAUCCUACACAAGGAAAUGGCUAAGAGCUGUGGAAAGCCCUUCCUCCCACAGAAAGCCUUCAGAGAGCAGCUCAUCAAGGAGCUUGCUGGCUACAGCACCACUGCACCACGUUCUACCUACUCUACCUCUGUCCCUCCUGGCUACAGCAACACUGCACCACGUUCUACCUACUCUACCUCUGUCCCUCCUGGCUACAGCAACACUGCACCACGUUCUACCUACUCUACCUCUGUCCCUUCUGCCCCUUCUGUCCCUUCUGUCCCUUCUGCUCCUGCCACAAGUGUUCAUCUACCCAAAUAUAUUUCUGCAGACAUGGAUGUGCCUAAGGGUCAAAGGGGCUCAGCAUGGAGGCGUUGCUGUGUUGUUUGCAAGAUGAAGUCCCCCAUCACAUGCCCCGCAUGCUCAGUGACCCUCUGCUUUACAUCAGAAAGAGACUGCUAUGGCAUCUGGCAUCAGCAGCAGAAUAUUGUGUAGAGCUUUGGCAAAGCGGGUGGGGUCAGUAUGUUAUAUCUGGAGUACUUUUCCUGUCCUAUCCGGUGUCCUGUGUGAAUUUAAGUAUGCUCUCUCCAAUUCUCUCGUUCUCUCUCUUGGAGGACAGAGCCCUUGGACCAUGCGUCAGGCCUACCUGUCAUGAUGACUCCUUGCUGUCUCCAGUCCACCUGGCAGUGCUGCUGUUCCAGUUUAAACUGUUCUGCCUGCGGCUAUGGAACCCUAAACUGUUCAUUUUUACUCUUGAGGUGUGUAGCAAAAAGCCAAAAGAGAUCAGACCCCUCCGCCAGUAGCCGGUCCAGAUCCAGAGCCACAUCCAUGGGCUCUGAGACCAACUAUUGACUGGGGUAUGUGGGAAGAAACUGCCACAACAGCAAGUGACCAGCAGAGGGAGCCAAAUGCACAGGAACUACAAGUACUGGACAUUAAACAAGAACCAACCUACAGGAAGACUGAGGAGGAGUGGUAGGAAACAGACCUACCAAACCAACGCUCCAACGGAAGAAAACGUAUCGGUGCUGAAGGAACUAACAUUGGACUAAGUUCUACUUAAUCUUGAGCAACACUGCAAAGAAAAGUGGCAAGGACAUAAUGUAAUGGCUGUUAAGAUAGAUUCUACUCCCGAACAUCUUCCCCCAAACUGAGUGUCUAAAAGAGGUAUAAAAGGAGGAGAGAUCAGUGCCAAGGCAUGAUCCUCAACCCAUAUGAUUUGGACAUCAUAGAGAAUCAUCAGACCAGGUAAAUUACUUUUACUAUACUCUUGUUUGUAUUGACUACUUUGACAUCAAGGCACGAGCAAGAACUAUUGACUGGAAUAUCUUAAAGAAUUGUGUUGUACACUGGAAGAUCACACCACUUAAAAAGAGUAAGAGAACAAGGUUGUGUCAGAGAGCAACGCUCUACGAGGCGUAGAGAACUCUUGGGAGCAACAACGUUCCAUCUUUGGAAUGCCAGAGACAAUUGUAGAGAACUCUUGGGAGCAACAACGUUCCAUCUUUGGAAUGCCAGAGACAAUUGUAGAGAACUCUUGGGAGCAACAACGUUCCAUCUUUGGAAUGCCAGAGACAAUUGUAGAGAACUCUUGGGAGCAACAACGUUCCAUCUUUGGAAUGCCAGAGACAAUUGCAGUUUGGCAAGAUUGAAAAAAGCCCAGAAAUAAGUAAAGCCUCGUAGUAGUAGCCAACAGUCGACAAAAGGAAAUCAAUAUCUAAACAGUAGGCAGUAAAAACCAGAGGAAAUUCGGACUAAAUAAGAAGAUUAUAGUCGUAUUAACAGCGGAGGUCAAAAUAUUACUACUCUUUAUAGAGACCAGUGGAAGGACCAAGGGAAUAGAGCUUCAAAGUAAAUAUGUGGGUGUUUGUUUUGUUUAAGAGUUUUAGAAGUGUUUUAAGCGAAUUAUAUUUGCAAUAUUAUUUGGCAUAGUAUAGCGCAUUAAGGAUUGAUUGUAUAGUAUAGUGCAUUAAGGAUUGAUUGUAUAGUAUAGUGCAUUAAGGAUUGAUUGAGCAUUAUUGAUGUAUUAGGAAACUGUAGAACCAUUGAAUUGUAAUAAUGUGUAUAAAGACAAAAAACAAGAGUGAUUUUAAUAAAAGCUUUGAAACUUUGACAACUAGGCCAGAUUAACGAUCUGGAGAGCAAACGCCUCUGACACUCUCACGGAACAGAAAGUGACCUGGUUAUAGGUUAAAGUGAUUGCACUAAAGAAUA